CUGGGACAUAGUCCUCAUUCUAUAGUACACUGCAUAUACUGCAAUAUCUGUUUAUGAGAUAUUACUUCUAGCUCUUUUUAUUGCAGACUUGGCUUUCUUAUGGAGAUCACAUCUAUCAGAGAAUUACCUGAUAUGAAGGAGCAGGAAAUGAUGGAGGACCCUAAUUUGCUCCGUCAGUGGCACCUGAGUUCUAUUGAUGACCCUAACUUACUGCCAAUAGCUGCUGCUUUUGGAGAGACUUUUCAACAACACGCAUUUACUUAUCCAGACUUCAAUCCCAAAGCAUCCAUGGAAACUACACUUAUGGACAUUGAAAGACCAACAAAACAUCAUAAAAACAUCAGCUGGAAUCCCAUCAAAAGUUCUGCUCAGACAUCAGAUGCACAAUAUGUAUCUUUCCCAAAUCUUCUUUCGUUUAUGGAUUCCAAUCACAUAAGUUCAUUGGGAUUAGUGAAGGCCAAUGAGGAGGCUUGUCCUAUAACCAAUAGCACAACUUCUCUGGACACUUUCUCUCAGGGAAUCUUGGGGAAUCAUAACUAUCUCUUUAAGGCAUGCCAAGAGACCAAAAAGAUUGGAAGACGUUCAAAAAUUUCUCAUCCUCAAGACCACAUCAUAGCUGAAAGAAAGCGAAGAGAGAAGCUCAGCCAGCGCUUCAUUGCCUUAUCUGCCCUUGUUCCUGGACUACAGAAGACGGACAAAGCUUCUAUUCUUGGAGAUGCUAUCAGCCACUUGAAGCAAUUGCAGGAGAAAGUAAAGGCUCUUGAGGAGGCACAAAACAUGAAGAAAACUGUGGAGUCUGUGGUAAUUGUGAAGAAAUCUCAACUGUCCUAUGAUGUUAACAAUUCUUCAGAAUAUGAUGGUCCGUUAUUUGAAGAAACAAUUCCCGAAAUUGAAGCAAGAUUUUGUGGGAGAAAUGUCCUCAUAAGAGUUCACUGUGAGAAGACCAAAGGUGUGGUGGAAAAAACAAUCCAUGAAAUUGAGAAUCUCCACCUGAAAGUCACCAACAGCAAUGCCAUGGCAUUUGGGAGAUGCGCCAUUGAUAUGACAGUUAUUGCUCAGAUGGAUAUGGAAUUUUGCAUGGGAGUGAAGGAUGUAGUGAGAAAUCUCCGCUCAGCUUUUACAUCUUCCAUGUGAGGACGUUCUGUUAGUUCACAUCAAUCAAACCAACUUCAAAAAGCAUAAGAAGAAUAGGAGUUAUACGGUCAACAAUAUAUGUAUCAGUUUAAAGUUUAAGUUCCUUGGUAAUAUUUGUUCAUGGUCUUGUGCAAUGUUUGUGAUCUACUUCAACCAUAUUCUCCUUUUUGCAUGGUCAACUCGUUGACCAUGUUAAUGCUACCCACCUGUUUCGAGUUUCAACUGUUACUAUAUAUGGUUAGCCAUUUGUUUUUGGCAGGAGGUUGAAAAGUUCAACCUGUCUGUUUUAUGUACCCAAAUCUGAUAUUUCCUUUGGUUUUAAACAAAAAUGUGAUUGAUAAAAGUUGU